CACCCUUUGUAAAACCCCAGGCGGCACUCUCUAAACCCUCCACUGUAUUCUGAAUCUCAACUCUUCUCCUUGUAAAAUCUGCAGUUGUUCUUCUCAGUUCUCACCCAGAUGGAGUACGUGAGCCCAGAAGGUCUUCGCUUAGAUGGUCGGCGGCCCAUGGAAAUGAGACAAAUUCGAGGAGAGAUUGGUGUUGUGGACAAAGCUGACGGUUCUGCUGUGUUUGAGAUGGGGAACACCAAAGUCAUUGCUGCAGUAUAUGGCCCUAGAGAGGUCCAAAAUAGGAGCCAACAGAUGAAUGACAGGGCACUGGUGCGAUGUGAGUACACCAUGGCAAAUUUUAGUACUGGAGAUCGCAUGAGGAAGCCAAAGGGUGAUAGACGAUCCACAGAGAUUUCUCUUGUUAUUCGGCAAACCAUGGAAGCAUGCAUUAUGACACAUUUAAUGCCUCGGACUCAGAUUGAUAUUUUUGUGCAAGUUCUCCAAGCAGAUGGAGGUACUAGAUCUGCAUGUAUCAAUGCUGCAACCCUGGCCCUUUCAGAUGCUGGAAUUCCAAUGCGUGACCUUGUUACUUCCUGUAGUGCUGGCUACCUUAAUAGCACACCUCUACUUGAUUUAAACUAUGUAGAAGAUAGUGCUGGAGGCGCUGAUGUCACUUUAGGCAUUAUGCCAAAGUUGGACAAAGUGACUCUUCUUCAGAUGGAUGCUAAAUUACCAUUGGACAUUUUUGAAAAUGUAAUGCAACUUGCAAUCGAGGGCUGCAAGGCAGUUGCAACAUAUAUUCGAGAAGUAUUACUAGAGAAUACAAAGCAAUUGGAGUAUCGCCGAGGCACGUAGUUUCAAAUCAUGGUUUAUAGCUGUUCUUAUGAAGUUUGACGGCAGUUAUAUCAUGGAGACGGUGUUUGAUGGAGGAAGUAGGCUUAAAAUUAAACACAUUCAGUCGAGUAUCCCCAACCAGAGAGCUGUUUUAAGAUUCUGAAAAUUGUAUCUGUAACAUCUACGACAUGGCUCUUCUUGUAAAUGAAUAUUCUGAGUAACAGAUUUUAUAUCAAAGAAGAUCCGUUUAUUUCAAA